CUCUUAUCUCCUUGUAAUAUUCUACGUAGACGUCUAUACAUUAUGAUUAUGUCUUGUACUGUACUGUCUAUAUAAGACUUUUAUAACAUAGGUUGUGUGAAGAGACUUAGGUAACUCGAUGAUGUCGCCUCGACCAAAUUAAGUAGGGAGAGCAGGGCCAUACCUCCUUCCCGGCGUUUGAUAACCCACUAAUGUAAUAAAUCUUCUCCCAUAUCCUUCUUUUGAUUUUUUUGACCCUUCUACCACGGUUCGUCGUUCUCGUCGUUUUCAUCGUUUUCAUCGUUUUCCUGCACAUCCCGCCGUACCUACAACUUUAACUCCUGCGCUAAGUGCGCCAAUCCGUACGAUGUCUACCAUUCCGAACAUGAACACUGGCAUUGUGAUGUUCAUCAAUCACCGGGCUGGCAGACCUAUCAGCCCUCCAGACAGCCUACCAGACGAAGACUUCUAUCCUCCCGCCAACUAUGCCCCGGAACAAUUUGAAAUUUCCAAGGGAGAGAAUGACACCAUCAAGGUGGGCUUCCUCGGUAACGCACUGGGUGUCUUCCUCUUGGGAGUUGGAAAGGAUGACGCAAAGCUCUUCAAUCCACCAUUCAAGUCAAUCUACCCCGUCUGUGUCCAGGGCAGCGAGGAGAAUGUUUGCCCCGGCUCGCUCAUCUUGGAAGCAACACGAGAGAACCAGAAGCUCAUCCGCGCCGCCGCAGGGAUCCUCCUGCAGAAGAAGAACACCGCAUACUUCGAGUUCAUCAAAGAAUCCGAUAUGGACGUCCCUCUCGCGAGCAGAUGUGUGGUGAAGAAAUACGAGACCCCCGAGUUUCAGCUCAAGGUAGCGGAAGCCCAAGUCAAACCGGCCUUCCCUCGUAUCUUGGCGAUGACCUACGUUGACCCUGUGUCUGAUCAGCGGCGACGAGUCAAUGGCUACUUACUUUUGGCUCGCCGGCUACGUGACAACGGACACGUUCUGUACAGUGAGGUCUUCCAUUCGAAGGACAACGUAUUCAGGGUCAGCACGUUUGAUAUCAUCCUCUGGGAGUCCGAGGAGGCGCUCGACCGCCUAUACGACCUCGAUCAGGAGAUCACCAACCAGUUGAACCAGCAUUCGAACGGUCAGUCGAAUUAGUGACGCCUAGAUAUAAGAUGGCUGGGUUCUCGGUUUAUUUGCAAACGUCGUUGUCGCCAUUACGAUUGUCCGUUUUCGUGGGUUCUGAUGA